UAUAAAUAACAGCACAUAUAAAAGGAAAAAAAAUGAUAAAACAAAAUUGAAACAAUGUAAAAGCAGGAAUGUUGCCGAACUCAUAUAACGACACAGUGGCUGCCAAGUUAACAACAGCAAUAAAUACCAUAACAGCGACAAUAUCAAUUGCUACAGCAACGACAACAAGAGCUGUUACUGUUGGCACAACAAAAGCAGCAUCAAUGAGUCCUUACAAGUUAAUUGCUGCCACUUUGACACCAAAAGAUUCUAAAAACUCAAAUACGAAUUUCACAAAUUUUAAAAAUGCCAUUGUCGAUGGAAAUGCUAUACCAGAAUUAACGCCAACAUUAUAUGAGCUACUGAUGCAGUCACUAACUCAUAUUGAGGCAACAACAGCAUCAACAGCAGCAACAGCAGCACCAGCAAUAUCAAUAUCAACAGUAACUGCAAACACAACUGCAAGGGGAAUAGGAAUAGGAACAGGAAUACAUACGGAAACACAUCAAACUAGAAUAAUUGCAGCCACAACAGCAGCAACAAUGGCAUUGGAAACAACAGCUAAUAUAUCAACAACACAAACAAUCAACAAUCUUUUAACAAAUGCAAUCGGUUUUAUACAAUUGAAUUCCAGUAAUAUGGAAGCUCUCGGCAAUGGGAUGACUACACAAAUAUCAACAACGCAACCACCAUCUGUAGACUCGUAUUUGAUUGGCAUGGCCUGGCCAAAGGUUUUCUGUGUAUCGCUCUUUCUGUUGUUGAUAUUGUUGACUGUGGUUGGCAAUACUCUUGUGAUAUUGGCCGUUCUGACAACUCGUCGCUUACGUACGGUUACCAAUUGUUUUGUGAUGAAUCUAGCGAUUACAGAUUGGCUUGUGGGCACGUGCGUUAUGCCACCCGCUGUUAUACUCUAUGUUGUUGGUACAUGGCGAUACGGUUGGAUUUUGUGUGAUAUUUGGAUUUCGCUGGAUAUUCUGCUGUGCACUAGCUCCAUUCUAAGCUUGUGUGCCAUUAGUCUGGACAGGUAA